CCACACAGUACGGAUAUCAAUUAUCAACAACUCAAGCAACACCGACAAUCUCUUAAUAAACACAUGGUGAGUUUGAGACUCAUUCAAGGCCAUCAAAAUAGCCUGAUGACGGUCUGAGACCCAAGGAGAUCAAUUCCCAUCUGAGCCUUGACCCUUGGAUAAUGGCCCGUAUCUCAGUACCCACAACGGCGCGUCUACCGUCGACAUUGCGCGUCGACCCGACCAACCCAGCAGCCAUCAAGAUCCUCAGCCGCCUCUCGCGUUCAUCUCUCCUCUUAGUUGCCCUUGACUGGCUAGAUCAAAACAAUUUACCUCUGGCCUUGCCCUAUCUACGCGAGAACGAAUAUGAGGACGAGGACGAGGAUGAUGAAGCUGGCGACUUCUACCCCCCAGCCCGUUCCCCGGAAGCCCUCCGGGAACACUACAUCUCCCUGCAAGCCCGCAAGGGGUCAAAACGAGAGGUUCUCGACCGCAUCACCGAGGGUGAUUGGCGUCACGGCCUAACCCUAUACCAGCUGGCCAUGGCCGACCUGCAAUACCUCUACGACCACCCAACCUCACAAAAAUGGUCCGCCUACCGCAUCACCCCGCUAAAACCGCCCCACGACCCAGAUGGCGAGGAGCCGCCCGAGUUCGACGACAAGUCCCUCACCAUCCCGCGCUUCCACCCCUCCACCUUCCUCCGCACCCUCCAAUCCCAGGUCCUGCCCGACGUAAAAGCCCACUACAACUUCGACACGCACAAGACCCUCCCCUUACUCAUCCUGCGCAUCUUCAUCCUCGACUCCCCCUACAACACCGAGCACGCCCUGCAAACCACAAAAACAACCACCUUCGACACCUCCCGCACCGUCUACAUCGCCUUCCCCAACGCCUCCCCCCACCUCUUCCUCACCCAACCCACCACUACCACCCUCACUACCCCCCUCCCCAACAACCCACCCUCCCUCGCCCACAACAACACAGCAAGCGAAUCCAAAUCCCUCCGCCACCUCCUCAUAGACGGCCUCCCCAAAGCCCUCUCGCAGCCCCUGCAGCGCCGCCGCGUCGCCCUGCGCCCGACCAGCCUAGUCACGCGCAACCUGGCUGAGCUGGUCGCGCGGCGGGGCGGCGGGAGGACGAAUGCCGCGGGGGGCGGGUGGAGUGUUUACGCCGGGGAGGGCAGGGGGGCGAGGGAGUCGCCGCUGGAUUUGGGGCUGCCUGGUCCGGUUUUGGGGGUGGAUGAUGGGGGGGAGGGAGAGGGAGGGGUGGUGGGGGAUAAGGGGGUGGAGGGUGGGAAGAGGGUUGCUGCUGGUGGUGGGGAUGAGGAGGGGAGGGCGUUGAAGCGGGCGAGGUUGGUUGCUAAAGCGCGGUUUGGGGGGACGGGGUUGGUGGGGGAUGGGAAGGGCGUGGAGAGGGUGGAUGUUGUGGUGGAGGAUGCGUUUCCGGGGGGUGAGGGGGUUGAGGACGGCCCCCAGGAGGAGGAUGACGAGGAGAAUGAUGAGAAAUGGCGGCCGCGGGUUAAAUUGACAUUCCAUGGGUCGCAUGUGUUUGCGGGCAUUAGGCAGCUGGUGGAGAGCGGGAUCAUCGACGGCGAGCGGAUGCCCGGGUGGAUGACGGGGGAGGAGGGUGUGACGGUAGGGGCUGUCAGGCAUGGGAGGAUACGCGGGCACAAGGGGUCGGGGUUGUAGUGCUGGUUUUGGGAGGUAUGGUAUGAGUCCAUUUGUAUCAGGCUGCGUAUGUAUGAAAA